AUGAUCUCAUUUAAGGAGUCCAUUGUAACCACAGAAUAUAAAUGUCUUAACGCUUAUUACACAUCAGAGAAUAUGAAUGAUAAGCCCUUGUUGUUAGAACUGCAAGAAGUAAAUCAGGAAACAUCAAAGCUUUAUACUCUUGGAAAUGAUGGUAAAUGGACGUCUUCAGAAUUUUCCAAAGAUGACCUUACUCAGGCACUCGAUCAGGAGAACUGUAUACGCAACAAUAUUGUUCUUGCUAAUGUGUCAAAUAAAGGAAACUAUUUCUGUAAAUGCGGGAAUAACCAUAGGGAGAUUCAUGUUAAACAGCAAUACAACAAUCUACCAAUUGGAUCCGAAUUGUAUGAACAUACUCUUCAAAGUACAGUGGGUAAAGAAAGUCAAAAAUCUUCUUUUAAUAGUCAUAGACUAAUGGAUUACAGUAAAGAUGUUACGUUGCCUGAAAUUUCAGUGAAAGAUACAAACAAGAUAUAUGUCUACUUUUGUGACAGGAACAAAAAUAUGCCAUUGCUUGUUUAUAUGGACAAUGGAUCUGAACAUGGAGGCACAUGGUUAAGAAAGAUUUAUGGAGACAAGACAUGGACAGAAGCUGACUCUGGUUCUUUGUCUGUAGAGAGUCCUAACGAUAGUGAUUCCAAGGAUAAAAUUGGGAAACUACUCCACGAAGUUGGAAAGGAACUCAACAUUGGAUGUGAACACACAGUUAAUAUUCCUACCUCUGUCGCUACUACUACACCGCCUCAUCCUGUACCUCCACCCCUUCCAGGUGCUGCAGGGUCCGGUACCGGUUCUAGUGGUGGAGGAUCUAGAUCUCCCAGUGGUGAUGUCAGUAAUAAUCAACCCUCAUCUCAACAAGAUGCCGGUGUUCCUGGACCUCAAGGUGCUAAUCCUCGUGCUUCUGGUCAACCUGGACUUAAAGAGCCUCAAGAUAGUGGAGUAAGAAGCCCUGGUGAAGGUGGGGAAGGGCCUACUGGUGAUCCGGGUAAAGCUCAAUCUGAAGACAAUGUUGGAAGACGAGAUGGAGGACAAAAAUCUAGUGGUGAUAGUUCAUCCGUUAGUUCCACUGAUAGUGAGUCAUCUGGGAGCAACCAAACAGAUAAAGAAACAUCAGAAACGGGUAGAGAUGGUCAAAGCGGAGCUGAUAAAACUGAUAUACAGAAGAUUGUUCAGAAGGCAGUUGCCUUCAUUACAAAUCACCCUACUGAAAUUGGUGGAGGUGUAGGAGCUACUGGAGGUCUCAUCGGUCUUGCUAUCUGGAAAGGACCUGCUAUAUUUAGCAAGAUACUUGCAAUCUUCAUUACUGCUGUAUAA